AUGAUUGUGAGAAAAAAGUAUGAAAUCGCAGCGCUCGGCUUCUAUGCAGAUAAUAACAUACAAUCGUUUGUAUGUUUCUCGUGUAUGCUAAUCGUAAGAUUCAAAGAUUGGAAAGACAUACACGAACAUCACAGAAAAACAUCGCCGUUUUGCGCUUUCAUACAAGGACGAGAUGUAAGCAUUGGUGACGAUAAGCCUCGGACUGAAUUCUCGCCUAAAUGUCAAGGAUUUACCAACUUUUCAAACAUUGAAACAUUCAACAGACGGCUCAGCGAUGCAAACAGAAACAAAGUAUUGCGACACUAUUCACUAAACACACCGUACCUUAACGCUGCGCCGACACUGAAGAGUUAUGUUUUGACAACAAUUUUCUCUCCGGUCUACAUUCCGAAGCUGUUAAGAUCGGACCAAGAAAACCGUUUAAAAACAUUUAACGUACAUACGUAUACAUUCCCACCAACCGCAUCGGACUUUCCGUACCCCGAGAUUAGCGACAUGUUGGCGAGAAAUGGGUUUUUCUAUACGCUAUACAAUUCAGUUAUUCAGUGCGCUUUUUGCCGUGUAGUUAUAAGUAAUAUAACACACAUCACAAUGGAAGAAGAUGUUCUUUCAAUGCAUGCAAUCUUUUCAAGAGAUUGUCAACUUAUCUCCGGCAAAGAUGUGGGCAAUAUUCCCCGUAUUAUCACACAUACCGCUACCCCUACCGAAAAUGAAUCACAUCAAUGCAAAGUAUGUCUUAUCAACCAAAUCGAUGUUAUAUAUAAAUGCGGCCAUUUUGUUGUGUGCUCAAGCUGUGCAACACAAAUGAACUCGUGUCCCACAUGUAGAGCGCCUCUACAUGACAUGCGCCUUUCGUUCAAAAUGCCUUCUGAUAUAACUGAGAUAUUUACUGUUGAUUACGAGUUGAAAAAUAAAUUCAAAAUAUACCGUUCAUCAAGACCUUUAUACCACUCCUUUUCAUCAAGAUCAACACGACUUAAGAGCUUUGUUGGCGAAAUAUGGACUAAAAUACCGAUCCAUAAAAGUGAAAUGGCCAAAGCUGGCUUUUUUUCUAUCCAAAGUAGCGAUCGAGUAGCGUGCUUUCAUUGCGGCUUUGGAUUGUGUAAUUGGGAAUUAGAUGACGAUCCCUGGAUAGAGCAUAAUAAAUGGUCUAAAAAUUGUCAUUAUGUGCAACUCAAUUCAGAUACAGUUCGCCGGCAAGAAUGUAAAUUCGAAUUUUUAAUGAGACAUUUCAUUCUCCACGGCUUUCAAACAGAUAUUGUUAAACAACUCAACAAUACUUAUUCAGCCGCCAAAAUCCGCGACGCACUCAUGAAUAAGUUUACAAAAGAUGGGCGUGACUUUACAUCUGUUGACGAAUUAAAAGCCCAGUUAGAGCAUAAACCUGUUACCAGACAUAGUUAUGACAAGAGCAAAGAAUGUAUAAUAUGCCUUGACGAAGAAAUUUCAGUCUCAUUCUUGCCUUGCGGUCAUACUGUGUGCUGCUCAUUCUGUGCCCCUUCCUUCACAAGUUGCGUACUUUGUCGCGAUCAAUUUUCUAUUUUGCGUUUGGUUCGCACACGUAAUAUGCAAACCCCAAUAUAUGUCUUCAACGACAACUGGGACACCCACUACACUUUCACCGCCGACGACGACAACAAUUAUGCCUCAAGAUAUAGACGAGGAGGACGCCGAUUACCCAUUUAUUCAUUUUCGACAAUGUAUUCAGUAUUAGCUCACGACAAUUACAGCGAUAAGGCAUUUACAUUAGACACGGAGGACUAUAAUAUAUCAAUUAGCAAGUUCUCGCAACCGUUUCACGCCGUGAUUACUAAAACAACGUUCAAACCUCCAAAGUUUAAAUUCAAACACCCGUUUACUUGUAUAGUGUCUGGAAUGACAAGUAGCGGCAAAACAGUACUUAUCAAACGUGUACCAUCAAUUGAUGACAUUAAAAAACACAAACCGGAUCUAAUAGUAUUGGACGAUUUGAUGGACAACAUCACGGAUAAUGCAUCCGACAUCGCCAGAAGACGCUCGUUGCCCUUCCUCCGGUAUGCAACAAAAAAACCGACUGGUUCGCGCAGGCGUAUACUCAAGGAUUUGGGCGCUGAAAAGACAGUAUAUAAUGCGUUGCAAGAGCUCGCACAUAACACACUUUCUGGAGUGAUCCCAUUAAAUCCGAAACAAAAAAAGCUAUUACAACCACACAGGAAAACAUUGGAAAAUCUUUGUGAUUGCAAAAAUCGGAAGAGCAUCAAGAAACGCAAACAACUCAUACUGCAAAGUGGUGGAUUCCUACCUAUUGUAUUAAGCGCAUUAGCUGGUGUAUUACCGACACUAUUAUCGAAAGCCUUUAUGUCAGACCCAAUACCGAUGGCCGUUUACCCAUAUGAUAUGGAAGAAAAUCUACCGCCGCCGCCCCAACAGCCCAUAGUUAACGAUGUGCCGGUUGGGAGUACAGUGCGGAAGAGACGCGUUAAUCCAUUGGACCGACAAACUCUUAACGAAAUGGUAAAGGCCCAACUCUUGGAACUAUUGAACGGAGAGCUGCCGUUGCCUCCACCGCCGCCACCGCCUGCACCACCAUCACCACCAUCACCACCAUUACCUCCGCCUCCACCUCCGUAUCCAAUGGACCAGAUCACAGCUCCCGCUUACGAACCGCACUUAUCCAUGCCAUCGAACAUUGCAGACAUCCCACUCCCGCCGUCCCCGUUGUCACCGCAUCCGCCGACUAAGCGCAAAUCGACUGAAGUCCGGACCGAUGCUGACGCGAUACCGCAUAAAUUAUCUAUCACCGACCCGUGGAACAUACCGUUCAACGACUCGGACGACGACACCGACGAUAUUUAA